UCCAUCUAACACACAUACACUCUCACACACACACACACACUCACACACACCCUUUUACUCUCACAUACUCUGUCCUUUAAUUCUCAUACACAUCAGGUGUUUGAAGCUGUAACCAUGACAGAUAUACAGGAUGAAUCCAACAAUCUCAGCUUCUGGAUGCCAGGUAACUACAUCCAUACAGUGCACAGGACUAAAGACUCGUACCAGGUUUGUGAUGUCAUUGUGGACUGUUUUAAAGACCGGGCUCAAAUAGAGAAACGUUACGCUCAACAACUUACUGAGUGGAGCAACAAAUGGAAAAAAAUAACUGACUCCAUGCCAAUGUAUGGUUCCCUCUUGAAAGCAUGGCAGUGCUUUUUCUCCUCCACCGAGCAUCUGUCUUUUCUACACACAUCUAUCUCUCACUCCCUUAUUUCAGAAGAUGGGCAGCAUAUUCGUUCCUGGCAGAAGGACGCAUUUAAGAGGAAGAUGUUUUGUGGUUUUCGUGAGUCACGGAAUCUGAAACGAGAGUUUGGACGUGCUCAGAAGCCCUGGAUCAAAAAACUUAAGAAGCUAGAGAAAGCACGGCGGGCCUAUCAUAAAUCGUGUCAGAAGGAGCAGAAUGUAUUGAAUAAAGAAUGCCAGAUCAGAGACAACGUCAACCGAAAUGAACACACACUCAACAAAAUCCAACAGGCCAAGAAGACAGCGGAACAGGACAGACAACAUGCACGUGAACACUAUGUGACGGUUCUGGAUGAUCUGAUUGGCUACACUCCACGUUACAUGGAGGAAAUGGAGUCAGUAUUUGAUCAAUCACAGGAGCAGGAAAAAAUCAGAAUCAGCUUUCUAAAAAACACUCUGUUAUCUAUACACACACAUCUGGACAUCACCAACAACCCCAGUGUGAAGGCUGUGUACAGUGAACUGUUACACACAAUUAUGUCAAUUAAUGAGCAAGAAGAUUUGCAGUGGUGGAGAAACAAUCAUGGCCCAGGAAUGAACACACACUGGCCCACACUGCAGGAGUGGGUUCCUCCAUGUAAGAAGCAGAAACAUAUAAAGAAACCAUAUCCACAGAUUGAGGAGCCAAAAAGUGUAAUGAUUGGAGGAGUGCGUGUUCGAGCUCUGUAUACCUACAUUGGGGAGGAUGAGGAUGAGCUGUCAUUUAAAGCAGGCGAAGAGUUUCUAAAGGUGGAGGACGAAGACGACCAGGGCUGGUCUCGUGGAGUUAAAGAAGGGGGAGUAGAAGGCUAUUAUCCAGCCAAUUAUGUUCUGCCAGUGCAGUGACAUCAUCACCAGAGUUACUGUAAAAACUGUUAAUUAGUGUGCAUUAGUGAGUCUUAUCAGGUUAUCAUCAUCUGUAAGCACACAAUUAACAAUAAACAACAAUUUAUCAUAA